CUGAAUAUCCUGGUGGACACAGGGAGCAGUAAUUUCGCCGUGGGAGCUGCGCCUCACCCCUUCCUCCGGAGAUACUACCAGCGGCAGCUGUCCAGCACCUACCGCGACCUGCGGAAGGGCGUGUACGUGCCCUACACCCAGGGCAAGUGGGAAGGGGAGCUGGGCACCGACCUUGUCACCAUCCCCCAUGGCCCCAACGUCACUGUCAGAGCCAACAUCGCUGCCAUCACGGAGUCGGAUAAAUUCUUCAUCAACGGCUCCAACUGGGAAGGGAUCCUGGGGCUGGCAUACGCUGAGAUCGCCCGGCCCGACGACAGCCUGGAGCCUUUCUUCGACUCCCUGGUGAAGCAGACCCGGGUGCCCAACAUCUUCUCCCUCCAGCUUUGCGGGACAGGCUUCUCGCCCAACGAGACGGAGGCGCUGGCAUCGGUGGGGGGCAGCAUGAUCAUCGGCGGCAUCGACCGCUCGCUGUACUUGGGUGAGAUCUGGUACACGCCCAUCCGGAAGGAGUGGUACUACGAGGUCAUCAUCGUCAAGCUGGAGGUCAACGGCCAGGACCUGAACAUGGACUGCAAAGAGUACAACUACGACAAGAGUAUCGUGGACAGUGGGACCACCAACCUCAGGCUGCCGAAGAAGGUGUUUGAGGCGGCGGUGAAAUCCAUCAAAACAGCUUCUUCG